AUGGCGUUACAACCGGCUCUCAGGGCAUCAGCAGCAGGAUGUUCUGCUUGUCGGACAUCUCUGCUACGCCUCUUCACCUUGCCACAUGGCCCCGCCAUCAGGAGGGCUUCACAACUGUCUCCCCCUUCAAGAUUAUCUUCUCUCCUGCUGCCACGAGCUGUCUCCACAGGACACUCAAGAUUAUACUCCACAGAGCAGCCUUCCAGGACAGACAGUACUGAGACUGGGGCCAGCCAGGAACCAACAGGCUCUGGCGAGGAGGAAGAGCCGUGGUAUUUGCAGGAGGAACCCCCCAGACACCCAACUCUUGUUCCUCAGACGCAGCCACUGCCAAAAAUUCCUGAAGGUACACCUGCCAUUCUAGGUGACCUUGUCAAGUGUGUCGCUGAGGACAUGGGACUCGACGACCUCAACCUGAUGGACCUGCGCACACUGGAUCCUCCAGCCGCACUGGGACCGUCCCUCAUCAUGCUGUUUGGUACUGCCCGCAGUGAACGCCAUCUGCACUUUUCUGCUGGACGGCUCAAGUCAUGGCUGUGGGACAGGGGCAUCCAGGCGCACGCCGACGGCCUGUUGGGGAGGAGGGAAUUCAAGGUCAAGAUGCGCCGCAGGCAGAGGAAGGCAAAGCUGUUGGGCACGUCCGAGACAGCCCUGAGCCCUGACGAUGGUGUCACCACGCGCUGGGUCUGCAUGAACCUUGGGACGAUAGGCGCCACCCCGAUGGACGAGACAGCCUUCCAGACUGCCGACGGCAAACUCACCGGGUUUGGCGUCCGCCAGACUGGCACUACAAUUGUUGUCCAGAUGCUCACCGAGUCCAAGAGGAGAGAGCUGGACCUCGAGACGCUGUGGUCGCGAAUUCUGGCUCGCCGAGGAGUUACUACCAUGGUUGAGGACGAUCUCGAAUACAUCGACUCCGAAACACAUCCCAACGAAACAUCCAUGUUUAGCGAGGGCAGUUCGCCCAAGACCAUGGCUACGCCUGGGCAGCGCCGCUUCUUCUCGACUACUUCAUGUCGACGCCUCUCGCCGCCAACGCACAGUCCCGACCAGGUAACACACCCGCCACAUCUCAGACCGGCUGCCAACGACGUUGACACAUUGUUAGACCCUCUGAAAUUCCUCAGCGCCAAGACUGCCGAGUUGGAACAGCUGCAGGCCGAGUUGUCCAGUCUGCCUCACGCAGAAGCAAUAGAAGCCCUCGGUCUCCGCGGGACUGCACAGCCCUUGCUCGCGCUCCGGAGGUGGAACAAUGCACUGCGAUAUCUGCCUGCAGAACAGAGCUGGCAGUUCCGCCUCUGGAUGACCGUGGCACGGCGGAGGUUGGGAGUAGAAGAAGGUGACACCCUUGAUAGUUUGCGGGCCCUUGUUCAGGAGCUGGAACUCUUGGGCAUCAUCUGCCAGCGGGACCACUACCUUGAGCUGCUGCAGGCUGUCUACCUCGAGCCGAACAAUAGCAAGGUGCCGUUGAGCGAGCAGUCGGAGCUUGCCCUCACCAUCCUCAACGUCAUGUUUGCGCGUGGCCAACCCGUCCUCACUACCGAUGUUGUCACGACCCUCAUCGAGGCCUUGGCGCGUGCUCCGUCUUCUCAGGACCAUCAGCAGCAGCGCGAGCUACAGUCCGUUCUCGAGAAGUUCAUGCUCCAGGCGGAUCUGCCCUACAUGGGCGAGGCAGCCGUUGUCCGGCUCCUCGACGCCUACGCCGCACAGGACAACUGGGAUCGCUGGUGGGAGGUCUGGCGCAUGCCGCCGAAGCAUCUCAUGCCUCGUUCCGAGGCACUAUACAUACACCUCUGGAAAACGAUGGCCACAGGUAAUCACCAGAGACGCUGUCGCGAGGCCAUUCGCUCGUGUUUUUUCGAGAUGCUCAACGAGAAACCGCCUGUUCAGCCCACCGGUGCGGUGAAGGAGGCGCUAGAGGCGUGUAUCAGGGUCGCUGAUCCGACUGCCGAGGAGAUCGCAAGGAACCUGGUUGUCAGCGAUGCUCGGACGGGCGAUAUUGCACAGCAUGAGUUUGUGCAUAUGCUUAGAGUGCUCAAUCCCCAGUGGGCGUCUGGUUCCUCCAGGGCGCCGAGCCUCGACUAGAAUGGCCUCCACCAUAUGCCUUACGACGUGGAUGGAGAUUCUAGUAAACGAGAAUGUAUAGAAACUAUUCUAAGUCUAGAAUAUCUAUGGAAGAGAUUCUAUCAC